AACUGCAGAAAAUAGCUGCUGAUAUGUUUGGCAUGGAAGCGGCUCUAUAUGUCCCCACAGGAACGAUGAGUAACCUGAUUGCAGUUAUGGUUCACUGCAGAGAGAGGGAUGAUGAGAUGAUAGUCGGAGAUCUCUCUCAUAUUCAUGUUUAUGAGCAAGGAGGAAGUGCACAGCUAGCAGGCGUCCAUUCUGCAACAGUCACCACCCUUGGCGAUGGCACCUUUGACCUAGACCAGCUGAUCUCCAAGAUCCGUCACGGUUACCCUGACCCACACUACCCACGAUCCCGCCUGGUUUGUGUGGAAAACACGCACAAUAUUCAGGGAGGGCGCGUCCUCCCACUCUCCUUCCUGCAGGAGCUUCGCUCCGUAGCUGAUAAGUUUGGUUUGGCUGUCCAUAUGGAUGGAGCGAGGGUGAUGAAUGCAGCUGUGGCACUUGCCGUCCAGCCAUCUGUUAUACUGCAGCAUUGCCACUCUGUCAGUGUGUGUCUGUCCAAGGGACUCGGGGCACCUGUGGGCACCAUGCUAGGUGGGUCGAAAGAUUUCAUACAGAGAGCAGUGCGUGCCCGCAAGACACUUGGCGGAGGAAUGCGCCAAUCAGGUGUCUUGGCAGCAGCUGGUAAGAUUGCCCUGUCAGACAUGAUUGGCAGACUGGAGGAGGACCACAGGAACGCCAGACGCUUUGCUCAAGCGCUGGUAGAGUGUGACCCUUCUCUGUACCGGGUGGAUCUGAGCACUGUGGAAAGCAACAUUUUGAGGUUCUGUCUGCGGGACCGCCAGAUGAGCCCAGCAGAGUUCUGCGAACGGAUGGCAGGUGUAGAUGAAGAAGAGGUGAAGGCUCUGGGACAAGGGGUCCGGGUUCUGAUGUUUCCCCAUGUUGGGGGGACAGUCAGGGCUGUGUGGCAUCUGGGCAUCAGCGAGGAGGACACUCAGCUGGCAAUACAGAAGGCUCAGUUUGUGGCCCAACAGCACAAGCAGCAUGAGAACGCCCCUUGACCAAUCAGAAGUGUCUUUACACCAGUCUUUUGGUCUCAGGGACCUUUCAUAAACUUUAAAACUGAAAAAACAAGCAUUACUAUGAACUUUUUUGCACUCCAGUUUGACAGCCAAUAUUCACCCACUCAAUUCAGCUGUGAGAGGUAUAGUACUCCCACUUAGUGUGUGCACACACACACACACACACAGUUGUUUCUCACAAUAAACUAUUGUGAUUGACAUUUGAAUUGUGUUUAACUGCACAAUCUAUGAGCACCAGAAGCAGUUUAAGGACUUUUUAAAAAGAUACAUUAUGGCUUGUUCUAUAGUUACUAUCAUUGAGUGUUAUAUAAGAGUUCCCCAUAAGAAUAAGACGCAUUCAGUGUAGAGACGGAUUGUCAUGACAACAAAGCAGAGAUUUACCGUAGAAGUGGAUAUAACAAAGUGCUCCGGGCCACAGUUAACUUUAUUACUAUAGCAUGCUGGAGGAAUGAAAUGACUGAG